AUGUACUAUGCUCGUACGAGCUCGUAUGGCCGUUACCGACGGCAACGCGGGCACCUCGUAUGGGCGUUACCGACGGGCUACAGCACUGCCACCGAGUGCACACCCAUCACGGUGUUCUGUGCAUCGGACGAGGGGAGUGAUGUGCUGGGUUCGUUUGCACUGACCCCGCACGAGUGGCUCAUCGCAGAGCAGCUCGUCGACGCGCUGAAGAUCUUCAAGGAUGCCACUGAGUUCUUCUCUCGCGACACGCCCAACCUCGCCCACAUCAUUCCGGUCAUGGACAAGAUCGACAAAGAGCUCACUGUCAAGAACCAGCCGGGCAGCUUGUUCCGGCCGAGGGUCCCGUACGACCCUGCUAUCCGUGCCGUGUUCGGCUUCGCAAAGCAGAUGCUCCACAAGUACUAUGACCUCACCGACUCUGUUGAGGCGUACCGCAUUGCUAUGAUCCUCCACCCGACGUACAAGGACGACUACUUCGUGGCCCUGAAGUGGGACGAGGGUAUGAUCGAGACGGCCAUUGAGCUCGUCCGGGACGAGUUCAACGUCUCGUACAAUGCUCCUGACACCCAUGCGGCUUCCAACUCGGAGGAUCCCGUAGAAUCGGACCGUCAGGCCAACAAUACUGCACCGCAUCGAGUCACUGCCGUCCUAGCCUAUCCUGUUCACCCGCGGGUGCCUGCCACGGGUGCACACCCGUGA